AAAAAAUUGACCAAAAAUAUGAAAAAAGAGUGGCAGAGUAUGGGAUGUGUGACGUCAAAGGUACCGGAUAUUGUCGGCGAAGGAUAUCAUCUCAAAGUUCGGAAAACUGUAGCAGUUGGCGGUUCGGCAAAGAUUAUGGAAGUAGACCCAGGGGGAGGGAAGAAGCCGAUGAUUGUCAAGAAAAUGGUGGCGUUUUCGAAACGAGAAGAGGAGCGAAUUCUUCUGGAAAUCGAUUUGUACAAAAAGCUGGAAAACAAUGAAUUUGUAAUCGAUCUUAUGGCCCAUAUUGUGGAUGAUAUCACCCAUUAUCUCCUAUUUGAUAAGUACUCGCAAAACUUUUUGGAAUAUAUUGAAGAGUUGAAGAUUGGCGGAGAGGUUGAUGAGCUUAAGCACCUGAAAUAUUUUUCCGGAAUUGUGUCAGCUAUCGAGCAACUGCAUGGCUUUGAAUUUGCUCAUUUGGACAUUAAGCCCGCCAAUAUUCUGAAAUCCGGCGACACUAUAAAGAUGAUUGAUUUCGGAUCAGCUACAAAAAUGCCGAUCGAAAUCAAAACUUCUGCAGAUCAUCACAGGCAUAAGGAGGAUGCCGAGGAGUUGUGUAGUAUGAUGUAUAGGGCUCCGGAGCUUUUUAACUGUGAAAUUGGCUCAACUCUGACGACUGCUGUCGAUGUUUGGGCUCUCGGCGUGUGCCUCUACGAGUUCCUGUACCUGGAGAACCCGUUCAACAAGAUUUACGAACAAGGUGGCAGUAUUGCACUGGCGACACAAAGUCCGCAUAUGAUCAAGUGGAAUGAGAACCGACACAUCAGCGAAAAAUCGAUAAAUCUCAUCAAAUCCAUCCUAAUCGUCGAUCCCAACCAGCGACCAACAAUUGGAGAACUUCGAGCGAAAGUUGACAAUCUUCUGGCGAACUUCGACACCCCAGAAGAAGCCGAAAAUCCAGAAAUAACCGACGAAGAGUUUGAUUUGGGCAUGCGAGAGACGACGUGACAGUUUCGUGGCGGGACCCUGAAAACUUUUUCAAAACAUUUUCUGUGAAUACUUGAAACAUUCCAAUCUAUGCAUACUUAUUUCACUUUUUCUCUGUCACCUCUUUUCUCUUAUCACUGAAAAAUAAACAUACAGCUUCUU